AUGGGUCGAAGCAUUGUGAUUCCUCUUCGAGACUCGAGAGAAGAGGAGGUGAUCGAGUUUGCUGUCGAUGAAUUGCCGCCGUUGGAUGAGAUGUUGGACAUUUUGCGUCAAGAAAGGGCUCCAUUGCAUUGUUGGGUCGAUGCUGCGGUUGGAUAUCACAUUCAAGGUAGAAAUGAUGAAUUCAUCAGAUUGCUGGAAACUGCUGGAGGUGACGCCUUUCUCGACUACCCGGGAAUUGAGAAAGACCAGAUGAGAGCUCUCGACACGUUAGCUGCUUUUUAUGUGCAAGAGGGACAUCGAGAACGGGCAAACAAGGAAAGACGCAAGGAAUGUUUCCAAAAAGCCACACUACUCUACACAACGGCUGAUAAAAUUCAAAUGUAUGAUCAAGACCACUUACUAGGCCGUGCCUACUUUUGUCUCCUCGAGGGCAAUAAGAUGGAACAAGCCGAUCAACAGUUCAAUUUUGUCGUCAACACGUCUCCCGAUAAUAUUCCCGCCACAUUGGGACGAGCGUGCAUUGCUUUCCAGAAGAAAGACUACAAAACAGCACUUCUUCAUUACAAGAAAGCGUUGAAGUUGAAGCCAGAUUGUCCACCGGAUGUUCGACUCGGGAUUGGGCACUGUUUGGUGCGCUUGGGGAAAUUAGAUAAAGCGAGAAUUGCGUUUGAAAGAUGCCUUGAAAUGGAUAAACACAAUAUUUCGGCGAUGGCCGCUCUCGCCAUCAUGGACAACAACAUGAAUACACCUGAAGGAGUUCAACAAGCCGUCAAUCGACUCAGCUACGCGUAUAAACUUGAGCAAAAUCAUCCGAUUGUGCUCAAUCACUUGGCAAAUCACUUUUUCUUCAGAUUGGAAUUUGAUCGAGUCGAGAAGUUGGCUUGGCACGCUUUCCAGGUGGCUGACACUGAUGCGAUCAGAGCUGAAAGCUCAUUUCAACUAGGACGAUGCUUUCAUUAUCAGAAGAACUACGAGAAAGCUUUUCGGCAUUAUUAUCAAUCGGCCCAAUACGCUUCAUCGCAUUUUGUCCUUCCACAAUUCGGCCUCGGUCAAAUGUACAUUCAACGCCAGGAAUUCGAGAAUGCGAUUGCCUGUUUUGAGAAGAUUCUGAAAGUUCAACCAAACAGCGCUGAAGUUUUGAAGAUUCUCGGAUCAUUGUAUGCACAUGCAGAAGCGCCGCCAAAAGAACGGGAUUCUCGGACACAAAAAGCGAGGGACAUGCUCACUCGACUUUUGACAAUCUGGCCUGAUGAUGUCGAGGCGUUGAUCGAUUUGGCACAACUCACCGAGCACAUUGAUGCACAGAAAUCUCUUGUAUCCUAUCAACAUGCAGCCAAAAUAUUAACUGAACGAGAAGGAGUUGAGGUGCCAGCCGAGAUGAAGAACAAUAUGGGCGCUUUGCAGAUGAGUCUUUGCAAUUACGAGGAGGCGCGGAAACUUUUCGAGGAAGCUUUGGAACAAAUAGAGAUUGAUGUAGCUCAAGGUGAAGCUGAUCCAAGUGUCGUGGUGACGAUGCGCUACAAUGUAGGACGAGCACUCGAACAUCUCUGCCUAUUCGAUGAGGCUGAAAAAGUUUACAAGGAGAUCAUCAGGAAUAACCCGAAUUAUGUGGAUUGCUACAUGCGUUUGGGAUGUUUGAUGCGUGAUCGAGGGCAAAUCUACGAAUCGUCUGUUUGGUUUAAAGAAGGUUGCAGUGUCGAUCAGCAAAACAUUGAUGCGUGGACUUUAAUCGGAAAUUUGCACAUGGUUAAACAAGAG